AUGCUGCACAACAUCGCAACGCAUAGAUUUCGGGUCACCACCAGUUUAAAACGUAACCAUUGUUCCCUGUUCUGUCCCAAGGCGGAGAAUAUCAUGUUCCUGGAGCUGGACCUGUCACCCCCGGCUGUGUUUGAAUUGGACUUCUCUAAGGAUCGGGCUGAGCAGGACCCCCGAGCUCUGCACCUCGAGAGGCUGACUCGCCUGGACAGCCUCCUGGAGCGCCCGGCCGCUGCGCGCGUCAGGAAAUCCCGGUCUUGGUGUCAGCAGCCCAAGGCUCUUCCAUCUUCAACCACCCACCUCUCUUUGUCAUCAAGCAACCAAAGGCGUCAGCUUUCCCCGACCCACGAGUGACAGUGACCUCCUUAGAUCUCCCCACCCGCGCACAUUAACCCCCC